GCUCAAGUGCACCUCAACAGCAUCAAGACACUGUGUAUCCACCAUUGGCUGAAGACUUGAAGCGACUUGUAGAGUACAUAUUUAGUAAUAAAAAGCUUCCAGCCGACCUACCAGAUGAUCUUGUUACACCAAAGGCACCAACAGAAUACAUCACAGAGUUGCAUCCAACAGAGACCCUUUGCACUGUCUGUCCAGGGUCAGUUCUUCUGGAGAAGUCGGCAAGAAUCACCAGAAAUGCCAGGAUAAUCACCAUGAAUGGUGUAAUUGAAAACGUAUCAACCUAUUUCCGGCGAUGCCCACAGUGCCACAUGAUAUAUCGAUACCAGGAAUGGCAGGACAGUCUUCACAACUUUGAUGACCAUGUCAUAUUGAGCCUUGAGCUAUGCGUUUAUUUGAGAGCCAGCUUACAGAACAAUGUUUCCGUGUCCAAGGUGUUAAACUCCCUGGAAGUUGUGAGGAAAGUAACAUUUCCUGCCAGAGACACUAUCCUCCAUGGGUACAUGCACUUUGAGGCAUUGACAACUAAUGAUUAUUCCUACUCUUGUGUUUGCUGUGGCUACUAUCCUCCAGUAGUUGUGAUGGACCUGCACAAAAGGAGUGUUCAACUUGCCUGUGCGUGAUCUGAAAGAGGCCUCUGAGAACUAUAUGGGCGAAGUUAACAUUGAAGAGUUCUGGGAUUCUGUUCAUCAUGAGAUGAUUGCUCGUGGCUUUUUCCAAAAUCGUGCAAAAAACAGCUUUGCUGUAAAUCCUAGUUUUGAGCACUGGGGCCCAUGGAUUGGGAAGAACACACGCAAAUCCGACACAGUGUUGAACACAGAGUUCAAAAAAGUAUCCUCUUCAAAGUCCUCCCCUGAAGCGGAACUCAGCAUGGUGUCAGAGGAUCGUCUUGUGGAUGAGCUUAAGAAGCAGAAGGUUUCGACUGUGUGCAAGCUGUGCAUGGCCUGCAAUUUAGAUUCAAAGGGAUCAAGGGAUGAUCUUGUCAAUAGACUAAGGGAGGAGAUGAAGACAAGACAUGGAUAUGACAAGAUAUUCCAGAAAAUCUGGGGAGCGUCUGGUGGGUGGUCAGUGAUUCUGUGCCCUCAUGGUGUGGUCUACAGUUUGAAGUUCAACCUUAGGGCAGAGUCUCCAAGAGAUUUUACAGAUCUUCUUUUGUCAUGGAAACAUCUGCCAAAUGCCAGUAUUUAUGAUUUUGCUCGAGGUUUGGCAACUCAUGCAAACCUCCGUAUCCCAGCAUCACUACCUUUCAAGCCACAUGAAGGAAGACUGGCCGCAUCAACCCAUGAUAACAUCACAGCUGCUCAGAACAACAAACUCAAGGUCUCUCUACCAUGGAUAACUCAGAUGUUGAAAACUCCUGAUGAGGAUGGACAGCCACUCACUGGUUCCUCAAACCACUAUGUGUUGUAUGAUAAAUUCCAUGAGGGCAACACCAAAGAUCCACAGGAACUGCUAAGGAGGAUCAACCUAGUCCCAGAACUUCAGGCUUGGUUAAAUAGCCAGGUUGCAGAGCAGCUUUUUUCAAGUAUGCGCAAAAACAACUACUUCCUUAAUAAUAUGGCACCAUCAACACAUAUCUUUCUGAUGAGAAACAUCAUACAUCACCGAAACAACAACACAAACGCAACACUUUUGGAACAGCAGCUGCAGAGAGGGCAUAAGUCACAUUGUUUGCAGGAUGUCACUCUGGACAACUUUGGACAAGCAGUAUUUGGACACCCACAAACUGAAAAGGUUGUACAGUUCAAACUAUCAGCAGUUGGAACCUCUGUGCAGCAACAAGGGCUUCAUACAAACAAAGAUGAUGUCUCAUGUGGAACACAUUGUGAAGACAUCACCAAAUGUGACAAAGUAGGACCAUGCCAAGCAUCAUGGAAACUGCAAACUCAUCCUGCCCAGGAGCAGCUGGUACAUAGUACGUCUCUUGAAGGCAACAUGUAGCUCUGAUAUUCUUGAGAGCUCACCUAUGUGUUGGAUACCGAGAGGCCAGAGGCAGAGUUGAUUGUCAGAACAGAAAAUAGUUGCCUGACACGUGGUGACUUUUGGACCCUUGGCUUAACCAAUGAAAUGGAAUCAACCAUAGGAAACGCCUGUUUUGAGCUUAUCGAAAGAAUUGCUCAAUCAAAGGGGAAGAACAUUUGUGUUGCUGAUCUGUAUGUUGUGCCAACAUGGCGACACCCAGCUUUAUGCAACCCACUCUCAACUUUACCUAAUGAUGCUUCCAUCAGAGACGCCAUCUGUAUUCCUGUGUGGAAACCUGGGCACUUCCUGUUGGCUAAACCUUUCACAGUCAAUACAUCCUGGACCGUGGAAAGAGACGACUGGUUUGGAAAUAGAGGGUUUCCCCAGGCAACUGUAUGGGAAUGACUGUGGCAUCUUCAUGUUGAUGUAUGCCCUUUACACCAUACUAGAUGCACCCUAUGAUUUCACUAUUACUGACAUGCCAGCUUUGUGAAAAUGGUGGUGUGUCAUGCUAAUGGAGGUUUCGACCUCGGAAGUCAUGGCAAAAUGUUUGCCAACUGGACGGAGAUAUCUAAAGCCCUCCUGCGAGGUGAGGUGCCUCCAGUGUUCAGAGUGAGGAAGAGGAAGGUGGAUGACAUCACUGAGUUUUUUAGAAAGAGGAGCAACUUCAGCCUCAUCCAGCUGAUGUCUCAGUUGGGAAAGAUGUGGAGAAAACAAUGGAAGCGGUAGGCUUGUUUACUAGUUCUAUGCAUCAUAUCCAAGGAGGACGCCCUUUCCUUGGUCAACAUCUAAGAUCGUGCAGGACUGCAAGAAGGCAGCAGAAUGGGUGGUGGCACACAAACAUUUGUGCACCAGGGUGCAUUUGCCCGAUGCGGUGAGCAUCAGCACAACUAAGCACAACUAAGAGUGGCUGUCAAGCUUUGGGAGGAAAAACCUGACGAAUGUGACGAGGAUGAGAUGGAGGCAAUCUUGGAGCCAUUCAAGUUUAGGUUUGAACAUAUGGAAGACAUGUGGACCUUCUUAAACGAGAUCAGAGACAAAAGAGGGUAUCUGGCAUUCUGCGAAUGCAUUUCUGUUGCUUGAAUAAAGGGCAACAGGAAGUUGGAACACUU